AUGGCUAAAGCUCUCUCUCUAAUUUCUCUAGUCCUCUUCUCUUUGUUGGUUCUCUCUCAAUCCUUACCCCUCUCCACUAGUGGAAGAUGGAUUGUAGACUCUCAAACUGGCCAACGUGUGAAGCUAAGCUGUGUCAAUUUGGUGUCUCAUGCACAAUCCAUGUUGGCACAAGGCCUUGACAAACGAUCAUUGAAAGACUUGGCUAAUGAUAUAAGCAGUCGCGAUUUCAAUUGUGUGCGGUUGACUUGGUCGAUUCACAUGUUCACUCGCCAUGCCUAUGAGACCAUUGGCGAUGUAUUAGAUGGUCUCGACAUUGGCAAGGUUAAGAGUGGAGUCCAGAAACACAACCCUGAGAUAUUGAACAUGACAGUUUCACAUGCAUUCAGAACCGUCAUUAAUGGCUUGGGCAAUGCAGGCCUCAUGAUUGUUUUGGAUAACCAUAUUAGUCAACCGAGAUGGUGCUGCUCUCUCAACGAUGGAAAUGGAUUCUUUGGAGACCGCAAUUUUAACCCUAAUGAAUGGCUUCAAGGCUUGACCUAUGUUGCUAGGCAUUUCAGUUGCCAACCCCAUGUGAUAGGGAUGAGCUUAAGAAAUGAACUUCGAGGGUCAAAUAAUGUGGACGAGUGGCACAAAUAUGUGAGAAGAGGAAGCCACUUGAUCCACAACAUAAACCCUAAUCUCCUCGUAGUCAUUUCAGGUCUAAAUUAUGACAAUGAUCUAAGCCAUUUAAAGAAAAAGCCAUUAGGGUACAAAUUACAUAACAAAGUAGUGUUAGAAGCACAUCUAUACUCCUUUAGUGGGGAUCCCGAAAGCAAGUUUGUGAAGAAGCCAUUAAACAUAGCAUGUAACCAAGUGAUGGAGAAAUUUGAGAGAGAAGCUGGAUUUGUGGUGGACAUGGAGGAUCCAUAUCCAUUGUGGAUUAGUGAAUUUGGCUACGAUGUAAGGGGUGGUAACAAGGCUCAAAAUAGGUUCAUGAAUUGCUUUUUGGCUCGCCUUAUUGGCAAGGACAUUGAUUGGGCUUUGUGGGCUUUCCAAGGAUCCUAUAUGUAUAGACAAGGCCAAGAAGAUCGUGAUGAAAGUUUUGGAGUCAUGGAUAACACUUGGACUAAAGAUCGAAGCCCUCAACUCAAACAAAUGCUCCAACUUGCAAAAAGAAUCAACCAAGAUCCAAAUUCCAAAGCGUCAAUGUCCUACAUAAUGCUACAUCCAGUGUCAGGGCAAUGUGUCAAAUCCGAUGGCAAAGGAGGAAUUGAACUCGGUGAUUGCACGACGCCAACAUUAUGGAACCACACUGGAGAUGGAACUCCGAUGAAGUUACUGUCUAAUGGGCAGUGUUUGAAGUCGGCGGGAGAUGGAAAGCCACCGAUGGUUUCUGCUGAUUGCUCUGGUGAUGGAAGCAACUGGACGGUGGCUUCUAAGGCUAAGCUUCAAUUGGCCACCAAAAGUGGUGGAGAGAACUUUUGCUUAGAGAAGGAAUCUGAUACUUCAAUUGUUGUGAAGAAAUGUAUUUGCCUUAAAGAUGAGUGGAAUUGCUUCGAUGAUCCUCAGAGCCAGUGGUUCAAGCUUGUUCCAACAAAUGUUGCUUAA